AUGGCUCCAACAAAUAAAUAUAAUCGUAAACUGGAAAUCGAGGGGAUCGAUUUACCCACAGCCAAACAUAUACCAACUUCUGCAUCCUGUAGCCUGGAAAUUCAUCCAGAUGCAUUUGUUUUUCAACUGAACGGCCAACCUAAGCAAUGCUGCAUUGAUAACGAAAUUUGGCCACCUGUAUUUAAACCUGAACUUCUAAGAAGUGCAAAAACUAUGACACCACGUGAUAAUGACAUUUUUAUUUGCACUUAUCCGAAGUGUGGUACCACAUGGAUACAACAUAUUUGCUCACAGUUACUCACUGAUAAUUAUGGACCGCAAGUUGGACAAGAAUUGUGCAUGACAAGUCCAAUGAUUGAACGAAUGGGUGCAAAGUUUGCUGAUAAUUUAGAAUCGCCAAGAUUAUUGAAAACACAUUUUACAUGGCAUAAUAUACCAAAAAAUAACAAUGCCAAAUAUAUUCUUGCUGUUCGAAAUCCAAAAGAUUGCCUUACAAGGCAGGCUGUUGUAAAGAUUGGUGAAUUUUUGGGCGGUAAAGCUGCAAAAAAUGUUCAAAAUGAAGCUGUACUAAGUCAAAUUAUUGCAAACAGUACGAUCAAAUCUAUGAAAAAAGAUCAGUGGCGAUGGUUUCCAGAAAAUAGUUUACGACAGAAUAUUUUCAUCCGAAAGGGUGGAAGUGGAGAUUGGAAGAAUUACUUCACACAUGAUCAGUCCGAUCAAUUAGAUGCUAUGUAUCAAAAAUAUCUGACCGGAACAAUUGCGGAACAUUGGUGGAAGGAUGAAAUGGCAUGGGAUAUUGUUGAGGAGGAUAUUGGAAUUGAAGCUGAUAUUGCUGAAGAAUGCAACAGUAGCAGUAACGCAAGCUCAAGGCGGCAUUCUCUGGAAUAUUUUCGCGAUGAUUCUAUCGAAUCUGCUGAUCUAAACUUACUAAAGAUAACCAUUCAAAAAUACAUCCCAUGGCGUGAACGUAUGUCAUCGCAAUCAUCAUCAGGAUAUAAUUCAUUAUCUUCAUCGUUAUAUUAA